CCUGCCGUCAUAGGCUCCGCCCACAGCGCAGAGGCAGGAAGACGGCUAACCGUUAGCGCGAUAAUAUCACACAGAAUCCGACAGCCAACCCACAUAUCACAGAAAAAAGACCGAAACCUCGUCAGCUGCUCGGUCGCAGUGCCUCCACGACGUUUUGCGAACCCGACCCGUAGCCACCACUACGCGGGUACAGCCUGUUCUUUCCCGGCUUGACUUCCAUACAUUUGUCAUUAGCUGUAACUAGCUAGCUAGCGCUAACUUUUACCCUCGUUUCGACACCCGGACCGAAUACUUUACUCAAUAACUUCUAGCUCACGGAAGAAGAGACAUCGGUCGCCUGGGGCUCGUCUGUGUUAGUGUUUUAAAGUAACGCCAUGGGUUCCCGAGCGUCCACGUUACUCCGGGAAGAGGAGAUCGAGGAAAUCAAGAAGGAGACGGGCUUUUCUCACAGUCAGAUCACCCGCCUGUACAGCCGCUUCUCCUCCCUGGAUAAAGGGGAGAACGGGACGCUCAGCCGAGAGGACUUCCAGCGGAUCCCGGAGUUGGCCAUCAACCCACUGGGCGACCGGAUAAUCAACGCCUUCUUCCCCGAGAGCGAGGACCAGGUGAACUUCCGGGGCUUCAUGCGGACCCUGGCCCACUUCAGACCCAUCGAGGACAACGAGAAGAACAAGGAUCACACGGCCAGCGAGCCGCUCAACAGCAGAACCAACAAGCUGCUCUUUGCCUUCCGUCUCUACGACCUGGACCGAGACGAUAAGAUCUCCCGAGACGAACUGCUCCAGGUGCUGAGGAUGAUGGUGGGGGUGAACAUCUCCGACGAGCAGCUGGGCAGCAUCGCCGACCGCACCAUCCAGGAGGCUGACCAGAACGGAGACAGCUCCAUCUCCUUCAACGAGUUCAUCAAGGUGCUGGAGAAGGUGGACGUGGAGCAGAAGAUGAGCAUCCGCUUCCUGCACUAGCGGACGCCCCGCCGUAUCCCCCUCGGACCUCGCUCCAUCUCACCAAUCGAUUCUCCCCGAAGUUGCCUAACCCCCGCACCGGACACUAUGCGGGCCCCCUGCCCCCCCCCCCCCCCCCAGCGUUAGCUAGACACCGAGGUAGACGUGUAUGUUGAGUUUCUGCCUUCACUGUGCUCCUGAACAAGGGGGAGGGGUGCGUGGGUCUCGGGUUGUUGGUUCUUGUAAAGCUGUCACCGUGUAUUGUCCUUCGCAUCCUGCUGCCUGCCCCGUUCUGCACAGAUACUACUUUAUUUAUUUAGCUGAUUGAUCUCCGACCGGGUUGGGGGGGGGAGCAUUGACGUCAUGGUCGCCAGAUCGUAUCGCCGUCACGGUCUACAAUAAGUAGGCGGGAAAAUCAUAUUUUCCGGCCGUCUUUCAAAGCAUACUCCGAACUGCACUUCAGGAACAGCACCCCCUCUUGGGAAAAGGGUGUCACUGCGACGGGCUUUCCUGAUUGACUGAAAUGGUGCCGAGUGACGUCGUCCGCCAAAACAGUAGCGAUCUAAAGUGGCAUCACCGGGCACCUUUGGGUGCUGUCCCUGAAGUCUUGGGUUAUGAUUGUUUUUUGUGUUGAGGGUCCGUAAGCUCUUCUGUUGGUCGCAAAGCACCCGUUCUUUGUCCAUAUAAAUAUGCAAAUGUGGAGCGCCACCGAGCCUGGAAGCCCCGCCUCCUGUUGUGUUUCACACUAACCAUCCUUUGUCUCCUUGGCCAUUUCAAAACCUACCCUUUUGUGACCUCACACAUGGGAGGCUCCUCCCACAUUCAUGACUGCAGUGUGUUUGCGUGUGUGUGUGUGUGUGUACAGCUUACCAGUCGGUACAGCCCACCAGUACCGUAGGCCUGCUGUAGGGCGACCCUUCCCAUCAUACAUGAUGCGGACGGACACGCCCACCUGUGAUGUCACUAAAGGGUUCCACGUAGCUGUAGAUGUAACGGCUUACCGAACACGCAAACGCACAGUAGCUCCCCCCCCCCCCCCCCCCACCUCCUCCAGUGCCAUGCUCGCUGGGUUCCCCUCCGGCGUCGCCAACGCUCCCCCGGGGAAUCUACGGGGGGGGGGGGCUCACCCUGCUACUGCCAAUAGAUCGUGGGUCGCUUUAACUUUAGUGUGUUUAGGACUGCAACCCAAAAUCAACUCCUGUCCACCGCAGUGGGCCCUACUCUCAGCGGGGGGGGGAAGAGAGAGAGAGGCGUUUGAGACUCUCCACACAGUAGAUGUUAGGUGGAACCUAACUUAACUGUGGGUUGGUCGGGACGAAGGCCGCUGGAACCAGUAAAGACCGGUCGUGGUUUAAAGGUAUUAGUGAACGGUGGAUGUCUCUCUUCUUCACACUCUUCCCCCCCCCUCUGCCCGUCAACAAUUAAUGCGUCGUUUCGAGCGUGAAAACAAUGUUGUCGAUUGUAUGCAUUGCUAAAUAUCGGUCACAUAUUAAAUAGACUAAUUACAGGUACUAAAAUAAAUUUAAGUACUUGGGGUUUUAGUUCUCUGUAAAUGCCAAUAUGCUCAACCGAACGUGCAGUUUGGUUUCAUUCUUAUUUUAUGUGAUUGUAAAAACUUUUUUGGGCAUCAUGCUGGAUAUAAAAACCUGUUUUAUUAAUCGAUAUAUGAAUAUCAAUCGAAUAUAAUAUCAUGUUAGUCUAUGUAUCAAAAUGACUUAUGCAUUUGAUUUGAAUAAAAAAAUAAGUGCCACGCUA